AUGGGCUCUAGCGGGCCCAACGUAGUUUUGUCCAUUUUUAGCAUUUACUUUUGCUCUCAUGCGACAUUAGCAAUAAUCCGUCAUUUGAAUAAAUUCAAACCGCAACCAUUCCCCGUACACCAUGUAACACAACAAGAGGCGAUUGAAAAAAAUACUGAAGCGGAAACAGAAGAAGUCGAUUCAUCCGAAACACAGUUGAGCGGCAAAGCUAUCAUAUCUGAUUCUAAUCUAUCAGAUAAUCACACCUUGGUGGUGCAGAUAUCAGCUUUUGAUGUCAUCGAAUCUAGUAACGAUGGCAACAAAUCUCGCCUUUCAAGACCUUUGUCUUCAAAACCGGCUUUCCAAACCAGGAAUACCAGAUAUAACGUCACAAAAGCGGUCAUUCUUCGCUUGGUCAUCUUUAUAAGCGGCUACGUCAUUGUAGAUCUCGAUACAUCAAUUGGAGUUAUUUUAUCUGUUGUAAAAAAGAAACCCGUGGAUUUAGGAGAAAGAUAUGUUUGUGCGGUAGCAGCAAUCUUGGUAUGUUUGAUUUUUGGGACGACAGAUAAAACACUUGAUCGGUGGUUUGGUUUGAAAUGGUUAAAAUGGGUGAAAAAUAAGCUGUUAAGUUCGCGGGAAAAGGUAAUCAAUAAAGAAAACGAAGUACUUAGUAUAUAA